UUCAUUGGGCAUCAAUAAUAAUUCAUACCUUCAUGUAUACUGCUAUGAAGGUUAUCAAUUUGUUCACCAUUACGCCAAUAAAAUUGGAAUUUAUCGCUGAUGGAAUUUUAAUUUGUAAGGGAUAGUUGUGAAUAUUUCAAGGGCUAAACUAAAGCAUUCAUGAUGACCAUGGGGAAGGCAGACCGGUCAUCAUCACCUGUCCAUGUUCAUGUUCAAGAUGAUGUCCCUGUUCACGUCCAUGUCAAGAAGUCAUCACUGUCCAGAAGCCGCACACCAACAAAGCUCUCAUUUACAGAACCAAGUAAAGUCCAGUCAAGCAAUCUGAAGAGAAGUACAGCUAUGUCACGUAGCCGCAGCAGGAGUCCAGGUCCUGGGCCAUGGAUACCUCCACCAGGGAAAACAACAAAAGGAAACAAGCUGUCAUGGCAGGGUCCGUCCCAUCGUCUUGAAAUCCAACCACAACUGGAAGACAAAUCAAUGAGGCUCAGCGACCUCUCCACAGAUGAUGAAGAUCGCGUCCACAGCAAAAUGCGGCAAUACGAAUCAAAGAUUGACAGCCUCAUGACAGAGAUGGGUACGCUCAAGAACGAGGUCGAUUUACAGCGCACUAUGAGAGAAAUUGACCACAAAGAUGAGUUGCUCAACACGUCGCGAAAGAUUAUCGAAUGUAAGGAGAAUGAAUUGGAAGAUGUCCUACAUGAACUUGAUGCUACAGAACGUGAGAAUAUCAUUCUGAAGAGGAGUAUGGAGGCGCUAAAUGAGAUAUCGGAUGGCAGGGUUGACACGGACCGUGCGACAACUGCCAGUGAGGAACUCAUGAAGAAACUGGUUGAGGUGGAAUUCGACGGGCAGGCUGCUGCAAAACAGGUGGCAUCACUCAGGGACACUGUGCGUAGACUCAGGGAGGAACGGCGUAUGUCAUCAUCAGACUGUGCCUUAAUAACCAAACAGAAAGAACUCCUGAUGGAGAAACUUGCCGAUUUCGAAACCAGUAAUCGGUCCUUGCGUCAUUUGCUGCGGGAUCAGCAUCGCCAGGAGGCAGGCAGCGUACGGUUAGCGGAACAACGCGAUGUGCUGCUGAAGAAACUUGGGGAGGCAGACGAGGCCAAUCAAAUAUUACGCAUCGAUUUGAUGGACAGGGAUCGCUACGUUGCGGAGUUGAAAGCUCAUGGGGCUGCACAGAGGGAUGAGAAUCUAACCCUUGCCAGUGUGCAGCAUUCCUUGGAGAGUACCAGAGGGCAUCUGCAGAAGCAACUGCGUCAGAAGGAGGCUGACUGCAACAGGAUGGCUGUGCAAGUCCGGGCACUUGAAAGCUCCCUUGCACAAGAGAAGAUAGAGACUGACCAUCUACAGGAGUUGUUAGCCGCAGCAAGAGAGAAGGCUGAGAGAGACAAAGAGGCCCUCAAGAAAGCGACAAGAGUUCAAAAGCAGCGUGCCACUCGUAGUGAAGAUGCCAUUGAACAGUUGAACGCCCAGCUGUUGGAGCGAGAAACCAAUCUGGCUGAGGUUCAGACUCAGGCAGAUCAGAUGAAAUCAAGAAUGGACAAACUCCAGAAGGAAAAAUCACAAGCCCUGGCAGAGAAUGGGGCACUCAGGAAUCGUAUCAUGGAGUUAGAGACUCGCCUUGAAACCAAUGAGUUGAGAAGCACAUCACAGAUCGAAAGCCUUACUGCUGAACUUCAUGUGAAAUCUAGUGAUGCGAGUGUCUAUAAGUUAGAAAAUGAGCGUUUGAAGACUUCCAUCACAACAAUUGAGGAUAAACUUGCCCAAGCUGAGACCGAGGUGACACAGCUUCGCAGUAGUUUACGCCAGUAUGAACAUCUUGUUGACGAAUACAGAACACAGCACAAUUGCAGCUCGUCUGGCACAAGUGGAAUGAACCAGUCGCGACAAGAAGCUGACGAGGCCAUGAUCCGAAUGGACGAUGCACAGAAAGAGACACAGAGAGUGCAGCAGGAUGGUGACAUUGAAUUGGAGAGGGUCCGAAAUCGCCUGCAACAGAGACUUAAUGAUCUUGAACCACUGCCCGAAAUGCUUAAGACUACUGAGUUGCGCUUACAAGACGCUGUGGAAAAAAAUCACCAGUAUGAGCGGCGACACGCUGAGCACACACAAAUGUUAGGUGAACUAUCCACCAAGGACUGUGCACAGGAACCUUCUCCGGACCCUAGGCCUCCUGGUACAAUGAGUACCGAGGUUUGGAGUCCCGAGGAUGGUCGAUUACUUGGUGAAAUUAACAAGAAGGUUGACCUCCUUGGUGGCCAACUCGAUGGAGUACGAGAGAAGUACAGUCUCGCUCAGGAUGAAAAGCGCAACAUGCAGAACAGAAUGGAUUCGAUGGACCGGAGGGUGCGUGAUGGGGACGAGGCUAGUCGUGACCUGCUGAACACGAUCGCAAAGAAAGAGGAUGUAAUUCGUCAGCAAAAUCUACACCUUGAGGAGAAAACACGAGAGAAUGCGAGUCUGACGCGCCAGCUUGAGAACGCACUCACCGAUGCCAGGCGUCAGGCUGAACUUUCACGGGAGAAAACAACUAGCAAGGAGCGGAGUGCUUCAUCACGAAUCAUGGAACUGGAAUCUCAACUCAGUCAAAUUCGCAGCGAGAUGUCGAGGACCAAACGAGAGAAGGAGGAGUCGGAGCGCCGAUUCAACUCGCGAUUAUACGAUCUCAAGGACCGCCUCGAACAAUCACACAGCACCAAUCGCAGCAUGCAGAAUUACGUACAAUUCUUGAAGAAUUCCUAUGCCAACGUUUUUGGAGAUUCGUCCGUCUGUACGUCUUCUCCAAUGCGAUCAAGCUACCACUAGAGACAUUCUCAUUCCGGGUAUUUGAUGAAAUAUGCAACACAGGUGCCAGAAACAAUACAAUUUUUAUGCAUGAAACACUCGAGAUUGUUCCUUUUAUUUAUUGUGGAAUUUGCAGAAGUGAUCCAAAUCCUGAAACAUUUGAUUCCAGUUACUGGUAUCAGGCCAAGUUAAAUAUUAUUGUGGAAAACAAAAUCCUAAUGAAGGUGUAAUGUUUUGGAGUGUCAAAGACAGAUUGACAUGUUUUUUUCUGUUUUCUCCUAUUGAAAUUUCAUGGUCUCGUUGCUGUGUAUUGUAUUGAAACACUGACGUAUGGGGGACAACCAAAACCGUUACACUGUACCAACCUGAUAUUAUGCGAGACACUUUUUAUGGAGUGAGUGUAGGAUACAGGGUGUACAUGUAUCAUUACUCGUAGUAAAUUUACAGUACUUAAAUAGCAAAUUAAAUUAUGUCUAGAUUAUUUAUGAGAAAACUGUAUGUUUUCCCUGUAGGCUUUUAUUAAUAGCAAUUUUAGAAGUUUUGUAGACUUUGAUAAUGUGUCUGAUUUUAGUAGCAUAGAGAAACAUAGGCAUUUAGUUAUGAGUUCAUUUUCAUGUAGGAGGUGCUGAAAGUACUUUGAAUUGAUACAUGAAAAUGAAUGUGGUAUUCUUUCUCAAUUAUAACAGUAAUAAUCAUAAUAGUGAUAAAUAGGCUAUCAUUGCGUACCUCCAUUUUCUAGGAACAUUCCAGAAUUUGCAUCUUGUGAGAUGAACAUUUCAUCUUGUGAUAACUUUAGUAUCAUUAGUUCUUUUGAUAAAGACUUACACCAUCAUUACUAUAUACAUGUAUAUAAGGAUAUCAAAAGGUACUAUUGGCAGCAUUGGUGGUAACUAUGGCAACGUUGAGUGUAGUGUUGCCAUAGCCAAGUAAUACCAAUUACCACUAUGACGACAGCAUUACAAUAUCACGGCAACAGGAUAACUUUGUUAUGACAACAUCAAACAUUACUACCAUGUCAGCUGUUCACUUGUCAUAUGAUUUGAAGAGACUUGAAUGGAAAAACUAUGGUAUUGUUCCAGUAGUUUCUUGGGUUUACCAGCUGUUUGUAUUCAGACCCACUCAUUUGUUGACAUCAUUGAAUAUUCCAUUGACUUCACACAUCUGACAUUUUUGAUAUUUAUACUGUUGACUUUAUAAGAUAUUUUAUAAGUAUUAUUUUAUUGAUACAGUGCAUUGUGUUUUGACUGUAGAUACAUGUAAGAGAGAAAUGUCCCUGUCUUUAGGUCGACUCUAAAGAUUAGACAAUGUUGGCCAAAUGGCCAUAACAAACUUUCGCACAAUUAUUUCAAUUUUCUUUUCGAUUUUGAUUACUUUUAUGGGUUCAGGGGCAAAUAUCUUCAUAGGAUUAGUUUGCCUAUUAAAAGCUCUUUGUUGUCCAACUUUAUAAAUGAAUAUGAUUUUGACUGGCAGUUUUAAGUGUGAAUAAGGAAAUUAGCUUAAUAGUAGUAGUAGCUUAAAGUUUGUAGUUUUGCAGCAUUUGUGCAUGCAGGUUGUGCAAAAGGAAAUGUGCAGUAGACAGUUUUUUUACAGAUAUUUCUAUGUAGUAGAUACCUUCCGAUAGCAUGAUGGCCUUGAAGAAUAAAAAACCCUCAUUUGCUUCUUCCAAACCUAUUAAAAUUUGUUAUGUUCUGAAUUUUAAAACUUUGGCUAUAGACUUUGAAAGAAACUUUGCCCAGUAGAGGGCUUGUUCUAUCCACUGUAACAAAGGCCUUUCUCCACCAAUGUAGGAUGUGUAGAAUUAUAAAUAGAGUAAAUUCUUUGAAAUUCUUUCAAAUAGAUUAUUUUGAAUACCCGUAUCAGUGGAAAGAACCUUAGGGGUUACAUGUAUGUACAAAUUCAUAGUCUCACAAAUAAAAUCUAUGAAAACUA